AAAAUGGCUUUAUUCAACUCAGCUGAAACAAAAUAGAAAACUACUAUUCCCCAUGAAAAGGGCUAGUACAAGAUGUGAUUCCAAUAUAUGCCACGGGAGGAGACUCGACAUGUCCAUUUCAACUGUCAAAUAAAAACACAGAGUGCUCAUAUUUCCAACUUGUGUUUCUGUCCUUACUUAUACAGACCUGAACAAAAAGACAACCAUUUCAGCAGAGUCCCUCACCACAUCUCUAUCCAAAUUCCAAAGCUUCUCUCUCUUUAGUGGUGUCAAAGUCUUGAAAUAGCUCUAAAAAACUAGUACUAUAACUCACUCUAUAUUCCCAAGUUCUUGAUUUAUGUUUGUCAAAAGAUUUUUUUAGCAGUUCUUGGACUUGGGGGUUGAAAAGUUUGCAUUUUUAGCAGUUCUUGGUUAGUGGGGGUUGAAAAGUUUGCAUAUUUAGCAGUUCUUGAUUUGUGGGGGGUUGAGAAAUUUGCAUUUUUAUCAGUUGUUGGUGGAAAAAAAUGGCAGAAGAAGAGGGGUGGGGGUGGCCACCAUCACCAAGUGGUUCACCAAUGUACUUAACAAAAGAUGAUCAUUGGACUCAUUUUGACAACUCAGUGAAUGCUGUUUCUUUUGGUUUUGUUGCUACUGCUAUUCUCAUCUCUAUGUUCCUUGUUAUGGCUAUCUUUGAGAGGUUCCUUAGACCACCCUCCCCACCUGAUCUGACUCCCUCCAGUCACCGCCGUCAUGCUGACGUGGAGUCUCAGUUAAGGUUCAACCCUAAACUUGACUAUCCUACUCCCAAAGUUUCUACAAGUGCCAAAGAAGUUUCAGUGUUGAUGCCAGGAAAUGACAUGCCAACUUUUAUUGCUCAUCCUGCUCCUGUACCUUGUCAACCGGAACGCAAUCCAUGGCCUUCCCAUCAGCAAAGUCCUUUACCCUGUGUCACGAACUCCAACCCAAACAUGUCGUCCUAGCUCUUCUCAACUUGAUGUUGUGCAAACAUUGGAAAUGCCAGUUUCUACGGAACUAUAAAGGGUAACUGAGCAUAUAUUUUGAGUUCCCCGGUUGGGAUUUUGGUUUAUGUAUAUAGAAUUUAGACAUUGAUUUCUCAGCUGGUUAUCAAUUUUUUGUACCCAAAGCUUCAGAAAGAAAUAGCUAACGAAGUUUUUAGCU